AUUGCUAGUGAAUUAACAUGAAAGGCAUUGCGCGAUAGGUGAAUUCUAUUUUUAGAUGUAAUGGCCAUAGAUACAAUUUCCGCGCGUGAUUUAUCGACAAUUUAUUGAUGGUGGUGGUAAACAAUAAUCGUGCACCCGCUUUUGAUCCGUCACUGGGAACUCAAGCUGAUUGUGAAAGGCGAGCGAGUCAAAUGAAACGUUGAAAAGACGACGUCGUUAUUACUAAUGAGUCAAGAUUGUAGUGCGGAUCUCGAAUCGGUUGCUCGCUCGAUUGAUGCUCUCCCAUACGUUCGUACUGUCUGACUUGACUUCGUGUCGUGUGCUAAGUGUAUGCUAGUUGAUUGUAAGUUUGUUGAGUAUUGUGUUUGGGCGGUUACAAGGCGCGCGGGGUGAAGACGAGGAAAUGGAUCCAGAAAACAUCGGAACUGAGGCCAUAGUUCGAGUGACGCAUUGGUUGCGUGGUAUUUGGGAAAUGAGACGGCGGGCCAGUCCGGUUCAACAAUGGGUUGACUCUAUUCCGUCUUACGAGAACGCGAAACCACCAUUUGACCAGGGAACCGCCAGUAAGCAAAUCCCGGGCGAUUUACAGCCAGAAAAUACUGCAGAGGCACAUUCGUUCCUUAAGAAAAAGCAUCAACGAAAAUCAGACAUGACCGCCUCCGCGCCUAUCACUAUUCCUAACUCUCCAGCUAUCACAAUGACCAGCCCACCCAGCUCUGUUCCACACAACAGACUCGUCAGGGAUCUCAGUCUUCAAUCUGACAGCAGCCACUGCAGCAGCGUCGAGAGUCUUUUGGAAUGGCGAAAGGCUGAUCCGGAAGCAAUUCUGCUGAACCUUGGUUUUGGGUACAAUAAUAGUCCUCAGGAAAGCGGAUCGAUGCCUAGAAUACCAAAAAGAUUUUUGCAGCCUUCAAAGUUGAAGGGAAUUGUGAUAAAUGACUUUCUCAAACAACAGCAAGAGGACAGCGAGUCACUCGACACCGCGUCUCUGGGAUAUAGAGGACUCACUGGCUCCCCGUACGUAGCUCCGUCCGAGAUUGUACAGAAGAUUAUGGAACGCCUACGAGAACACGAGAGUCACGAAAAUGAUUCUUACACCAAUACAAACAGCAGCAGCAGCGAGCUCUUCGGUUCCAUGCAACAGGAGGGCCGAUUAUCUGUUCUUUCGCCAGACAAUAGGCAAUACCUUGAGCGUCCAAGAUCUAAGAGUCCCGAUAUGCGUAACAAACGGAUGAUCAUAGGUGAAAAAUCGUUUGCCUUUGGAAAACAUGGAGACCUAAUAGAAAUGAAGUCAUUGGACACCACUGAAGAAACCAAUUUCGAUGGACACACCACAGACUCUCAAAGCAAGCCGACCGAGCCCGUUGACAAUUUUGACGCAGAUAUACAUGAAUUAGAUCAGAACCUUGAACAUAUUGCACAAAGUGUUGAUGCAGUGAUUGACAUUGACAAAUCUAGAAAAAUGUCCGGGAGAAAAUUGGCCAAACAAUUAUCAUUCGACGAGGAUAAUUCAAGACAUGUGCGAUGCACGACGGAUACGGAACCAGAGUUUGCGUUACAAUGUCAGAGACUCAGCAAAGAUCGAAGCGAUUCGUUAGCGACGGUUGUCUCGAGAUGGUCGGAUUGUAAUGAGACCACUGCUGACGGGAACGAAUCGAUUAAUCAGGAUUAUUGUGGUGACCUGGAGUCUAAUCCAAUAGCACGGCGAGCAAGCGACAGCCUAUGCGAAACGCAAAGGAAAUAUCUUGUACCACCAGGUGAGGAGAGAAGGCUGAGUGACAGUACAAUACACGGUAAAUCAGAGAAGAGAAGACUGUUUGAUAAAAAACCAAGCCUAAAGCGACAAGCUAACGUGAUGGAUGUUGAUCCGAUAGAUUGUGAAAACUUGGGAGAUCGUAUUAUGGAAUAUGAAAUACAUAGCCAAGAAUCCAGUGCGCUGGAUAAGGAUGGUCUAAAAUCUAAUACUUGGGAUUCUAAUUCUGGCGAAGGGAAUUGUGACGAGGAACAUGAGUCGAGUACGAGUUCAGAUACGGAAAAGUGGAACCUUUGCUGCUCUGAGAAGACUGAUCGAUGUUGUAAAAACGAUGAACUGGAUCAGAUCUGCGAACACGAGGAAACAUCGACAAGAUGCUGUUGUCACACGAAUAGCACAAAUUGCUGGCGAAAAAUGUCGGAAAUAAUGAGAAAGAAACAAAAAGUGAAAGAUAUGGUAGCUAAGAGUAAACAAGAAAUGGACGAGCUUCGACAAAUGAUUAACAGCGUGAUGUCAGUGACAAUGAAACCCGGAUGUGAGAGCCACACUACCGACAUUAGUUUCAACAGUGCGAACUUAUGAGACAAACAGGAAAUAUGAAACAGCGUUUGUUGUUUGGAAGUUGAAGUGUGGCGCAUAUGAAACGUCCGAAUUUAGUAACUUGUCAAAUUCUGACUGAAGAUAAGAUCUUCCAUAGAUUUAUCGACGAUAUGUGAUAUUUUACAUUCCACAAGGUUCGCUUUUACUUCAUCUAUAUGUAUGAAUAUAUGCAUUAUUUGCACUGUAGGUGUAUUUAUAAUGUGAUACAUUAUUUGUAAUACUGGAGUACGAUCGUGAAUAGAUAAGACCAAAAUACUACUUUGCGGAACAUAAUAUUAGAGAAAUGAAGAAUUGAAAAUAGGUAAUCAUCGAAAAAUUCUUGCCAUUCAUAUUAUAAUUGUGGGUUUUGCAAAGGAAGCGUAUGACGAAUAUUCUAACAUUCCAAUGCUCAUUCCAAGAGUAAGCUCUUGUAUGUAUUUGAUUAUACAUAUAGUAUACCAACUCGAUUUCGCUCCUUACGAUAUAUUAUAAUAUUUCACGUAAAUUUGGAUUUUGGGAUAUAUUUUAUAAGUAUUUACAUCAUGUCGGAUUUGCUAUUCAAAAAGCAGAGGGAAUUUCUUAAUAAUAUUUUUGUAUUAUAAUAUGUUACAUAUACGUGAUCUGAAUCCUAAUCUGAUUUUGAAUCCGACUAAUUAGAUUCGCCUACGAACGCGCAUUUUAUUCUAUUUAAAUAUUGUUUUCUCGUCGUAAGAUAAGGGCCAUAAUUACAAACGCCAUAAAUAUUAAGAGUUUUGUUUCAGAGUUUUAUUAGAG